AGCUUGUGACAGUAUAAAAUAGAGUGAUGCAUAACACUCCACCACUUUUAUGCUCUAAGCAGACAUAAGAUGGGCAGAAUUUUAAAGUUAACAUUAGUUACAUAUUUUGUAGCAUGCGUUUCUUGUUUGCAGUACAAGGUUGUUGAUUUGACUCAUAACCACGGAAAGGAUUCAAUAUACUGGCCAACUCAUUCCGGCUAUGAACGAUAUAUAGACCAAAGGGGACUUUAUGAAGGAACUGAUAUUUGGGUAGCAUCUAAUACCAUAAAAACAUCUGAACAUUUAGGAACACAUUUGGAUGCCCCACAACAUUUCAAUGAAUUUUCCUGGACAACACACCAAAUACCUAUUGAAAACCUUGUUGGUCCUGGGGUUAUCGUUAAUGUCAAAUCCAAAGCAUCGAAUGCAGAUUAUAUGGUGACAAAAGCUGAUCUUGAGGCAUGGGAGGAUCAAUAUGGCAAAAUUCCUGACGGAGCUAUAGUGAUUAUGAACUCUGGAUGGCACGACAGGUAUCCAAACAAAACACGAGUAUUCAACACACAAAAUCCGAAUGACACAACCUCUUUUCAUUUUCCAUCCUGGGGCAAAGAUGCAGUAUCAUGGCUUAUUACACAUCGUUCAAUUCAUGUUCUUGGGGUAGAUGUUCCGUCUUUAGAUUAUGGCCAAUCAAAAGAUUUUCCAGUGCAUGUCUUGAUAAGCCAAGAGAACAUUUCAGGACUAGAAAAUGUCGGUUAUCUUGAUAAAAUUCCUGAAAGCGGGACCAUUAUAUCUUGUGCUGCUAUGAAAAUUGUCGACGGAAGCGGAAGUCCUGUCAGAGUUUUUGCACUGAUACCCAAACUUUCGGACUCAAAUAGUGCUAUGAAAUAUCACUUUUCACUGGUUGUACUCCUAUGCAGUUUAGUAAGCUUCAAAAUGUUAAACGAUAUUUUUUAAAAUGUGGUUCAGAUAAAUGAAAAUAUAUAUGAGAGUAUACUAGAAUGAUAUCAUGAUGUAUUAACAAUUUAAGCCAAAGUACGUUGUCUACAAAACAGUUUACCUAAAACAUUUAUGACAGACACGAAAGAACUGAAUUCAUAUUCUAUAUCCAUAAUUCUACAGGGGGAAAAUCUUUAAAACAUUUUCAUGUGGAUAUAAUAUUACAGAACACCAAAUUGACAUGCACUUCGAUGAUGGAAGUUUUUAACAACUUUGAUUGGCUAUUGCAAGGUCUGUAUAUGGGAAAUAUACUUACAGAAUAUGGCAGAAUUAAACGUUUUUGCUAGAGCCAACCAUCCUCUAACCAGGGACAGUAGAGUAACGGUACAACAUACAAAGUUAACAAUAACAAUCAGUAGAAAAGUGCUUCACUCAUCAGAUCUAUACAAAACAACAAACAAAACAACAAAAGACAAAUAGUUCAGGUCGGAAAGAACUCCCAGUUACUGAAAACAACUUUAUCGACCAUUACAACUAAUUAAUAAAUCAUGUAUCUAUAUAAGAAUAGAAUAAAAUUAUAAAGCAUGA